AUGGCUUCUGUCCUGUCUCUGCAAUUAAAGCACUGUACGUUCACGGACGGAAGUGAGGUGAGGCGCGAGCCUCAACCUUUGAGGGAAAGAGGAAGUGCUUGGGCGUCUCAGGGCCGGAGGCGCGGGGAUAGAAGGAGCACCAUGUCCGCGGAAGUCCCCGAGGCAGCGUCGGCGGAGGAGCAGAAGGAAAUGGAAGAUAAAGUAACUAGUCCAGAGAAAGCUGAAGAAGCAAAAUUAAAAGCAAGGUACCCACACUUGGGACAAAAGCCUGGCGGGUCCGAUUUCUUAAGGAAGCGAUUGCAGAAAGGGCAAAAGUAUUUUGAUUCUGGGGAUUACAACAUGGCAAAAGCAAAGAUGAAGAACAAGCAGCUUCCUGCUGCAGCCCCGGAUAAGACAGAGGUCACUGGUGACCACAUUCCCACUCCACAGGACCUUCCUCAGCGGAAACCAUCCCUGGUUGCUAGCAAGCUGGCUGGCUGAUUAAAAGAGCUGAACUGCAUGAGUCUUCUAAUGUCCUUUAUUUCUCCUUACUAUGUUCCUUCCCCACUUUCUGUUUCCUUUCACUCACUCUGUCAUUUGAGACGGACAGCUUUGCAGAUAGUGGUAGUGUGUGCUGCUGUCUUAAGGGAGCAUACAUAUGUAGAGGUUUUGGUUAGUUUACAGUGCACUGAUGCAAAGGACAUGUAACAGCAACUUAAGUAAUUGACAUUAUAAUAAUUGUACAUAUUACCUAGCUGGUGUAGGGCUGGCUCCAACAAGUAGCAAGCAAGUUUUACAGCUUUAAUGUUCUGGUUUUCCUUACUUCCUCGUAAUUACAGCUUUGUAUGUUACUCUUAUUUAAUAGAACCUCUGUUGUAUUGGUUUCUUCUGUAUUUUCCUUUUGAAUUUUGUAAGACAGAAGUUUAAGACCACAAGUUGGAAGACAAGUCACAUAAUUCAAACACAAGUAAAUGGGCGGCAAAAGAUUUGAAUAACUGCUUGGACUUGACGGCCUUAAACCUGCUGUUUCAGCUUUAACAGGAGCAUCUUACCUGGGCGAUAUUUGCCCGUUCUGGUGUGACUUGUGUGACUCCAGUGCUUACCAGCUGUCAUUGAAGCUAGUGCUCUUCCUCGGUUCUGCAGUCUUGAGACAGCUUUCUUUGUUGAAGACGUGAAUGGGUGUGCAUGUGCACUGACUAUUGCAUUCACUUUUGUGCCAUUUUUGUAAAUACAAUAGUUUUGCACAACCUUUUACAAAUGUCUGUAUUAAUUUUACCAUAUUAGAAAGUAGAUAAUGUGCCAACCAGAAGCACAAGACUUCCUACACAAAUCUGCCCACCAUUACUGCUUUUGUAUAAGAAUAGUUUACAAUCUUGAGCUUAUUAGAAUACCAAACUAAAAUCUACUCACCCUGAUACAGAAUUAAGCAUUUUUAUUUGUUACUAAUAUUCAUGACUUUCAGUGGCCUUGUACAAAUAUGAUAUGUUGCUUAGGCAUAUCUUUUGUUCUAUGCAGAACAUUUCAUUUUGACUCUUACAAAAAAUUACAAUUCAUAUAAUUUAUAUAAACUUUCUUAAUGUAGAAACUUUUACUUCCACACUCAACUUUGGGGGAUACUAAAGUUAAAGGCUUGCAUUCUCUGCCUUCUGUAUUCUUCUCAACCCCCAUCUUCGCUCUUUUGCUUCUGUGACUUGUGUUGGGCCGUUCCAUUUAUAUGAGAACAUACAUAUCUAUAUCUUGUCUUUACUUUUUAAACUUGCUUAAAUAAAAGGACUUUUGUGAGGGUUUUUUUGUUAUGCUGAGGAUCAAACCACUGUCUUACAUGUGCUUAGCAAGCACUGUACUAUGGAACUACGCUCUUAUCCCUAAGGGAACUUUAUAAUGAAGCAAGUAGUUGAAAAGAUUGGUCUAGGAAACUGUCAGGAUUAGCUGAAUUCUGGUAAAUAAUUUUAAGUAAUUAGAAUGAACUAGGAGAAUUUGGGCUUAUAACAAUAUUACAGUGAUUUAUGUAGUAGGUAAAACAUUAAAAUUAGGUUUCCCUUAUUCAUGUCAUUUUAAUAAAAUAUCACUUUACUUUUACUUGUGGUUUAUGUGUUAGUGAAAACAGCACACUUUAUUGGGAUACAUUUACUGUUCUUUUACAGCUCUUCCCUUGGGGUGUUGGGGAGGAAUAUUGAGCCGCAGCAGCCUGAGCUGAUACUAUUCUUUCUCUUCAUCUUGGGCUGGGAUGAGACCUAUCCCACUAUGGGAAUACAGGCAUCAUUUUGUAUUGUGGCUACAUUUAUGUACCUGCUUUCCUGUGGUUCCACACUAGUGAUUAGUCCUCCACUCAAUCUGAAGGGCAAAAAAGCAACACACUCCACAUUUUAUGUAAAUGCAUUUGUAAUGAGCAAAUGGACUAUUCUGUAAUAUGUGUAAUUCACCGUAGGAUUGGUAUCUAGUUUUCCCCCCAUGGAUAUUUGCAAGCCCACACCGUUAAGUUCAUUAGAUGCAUCUAAAAUCGCAGUGGCCAUACUCUUUCUUCCUGACUACCAGACUCAGUUUAUGACAAGUGAGUAACACCUGAGUGAGUUUUGAUUUGUAUAAUAGGACACUGAUCUUUAACCUACCUCAAGACUUGAGGAUCUGUGAAAUACUAAGUGCCCCAAAUAAAAUAUCACUAUCAAAAGUAAGUUUCCUCACUGAACCAACCUGCCUUCUAUAAAGUAGCAGUGCUUAAGUAAAAUCUCAGGAUUUUCCAGAAGGAAAGACCUGUUAAGGAUGUGUACGUAUAGCUGCAUAGCUUCCAUUAUUGGUGCUUGAGAGAAGUUUUACAUUUUCCUGUCUUUUGUUCUGCUUCAAAACUUAUUGUAGACAUGUUUGCAGGAUUUUUGGUCAUCAUUUAGUGAAGACUGAUUAAAUGAGCUUAAUUGUCCAUUUGUAUGUCAAAGUUGUGUCUAAGGAACGACUAGUUUUAAUGUUAGAGUAAAAUUGAAGUUGAUAAAAAUACUAAAGGCAAACUGGCUAAAGUCUAUUUUGUUCAGUACCUCCUCUAAGAAAUACCUUGAAGGCUACAUCUGACUAAUAGCUGCAGCUCGUGUCUAUUGGAAUAGCGUUGGGUUAUAUUGAGGGGCAUUUUGUAAUCUACAAGUUGUUAGAUAAUUUUGUACUGCUGACUUGGAAACAUGUCCAAACUGUUUAAAGCAGUCAUGGCAAGGCCUCCUCUUGUUAUUAUUCCACAGUUAGAAUUAGUUGCUCUUUUUACUUGAUGUGCCCAAAGUAUACCUCUGAGUAUUUAUUGGAAGUCAUUAGUAAGUAAGACUUGUUUUUUUGUUUUUUAAUCUUGUUUUGUUUUUGGUUUUGAGACAUGGUUUCUCUGUAGCUUUAGAGCCUGUCCUGGAACUAGCUCUUGUAGACCAGGCUGGCCUCAAACUUAGAGAUCCACCUGUCUCUAUCUCCCAAGUGCUGAGAUUAAAGGCGUCCCCAUCACUGCCCAGUAAGACUUGUAUUCUUAAUAUGUCACUGUCUUACCAAAGCUGAACUAUCAACCCAAACUCUGCUCUAAACUUAGUAUUUGGUGGUCAAACACAGGUAUCUUGUGGGAAGAGCAGUCCUGAUCAAGGCUUUGUCAAACUCACUACGUACGUUGUAACCCAUUUCUGUUCAUCCUUGAAGCCCACUGUAAGCACUUAACAUUUUCCCUUUUUUUUUUUUUUUUUUUUUGAUUUUUCGAGACGGUUUCUCUGUAGCUUUGGAGCCUGUCCUGGAACUAGCUCUUGUAGACCAGGUUGGCCUCGAACUCAGAGAUCUGCCUGCCUCUGCCUCCCAAGUGCUGGGAUUAAAGGCAUGCGCCACCACUCAGCACACUUAACAUUUUCUAAAGCACUAUCUUGAUCUCACUUGGCAUGUACUGCCAGUCUUACCCGGGUCUCUUUCUCCAACUUUUCAUACAACUUUUAGAAAUUAGGAUCAAAGAAACUUAUAGUAUUUCAUGAAUUGAUGACAACAGGAUACUCUUACUAGUUCCAGCUUUCUAAGUAGGUAGACCCAUAGGUUUCAAUUCUAUAAAUCACUGGUGGUGGUGAACCCAUCCAUGUAUGUUUCUGUGAUAUUUGUCAACUAAAUAGCAGUAGAAAUCUAACUCCUUUAUGCCCUCAAAUCUGUCACUGCAUCUCUGCCAUUUGAUAUGCAAUAGGACACUGCCUGUUUGCAAAGGACCAACACAAUUGCCUUUUCUUGUUAAGGAUGCUUGUAGAUUUGGUGGCUAAUGCUGGUUUGUCAAAUAGCCCUUCUAAACUUAUACUUGUAAAAUAUACCCAAAAUAAAUGGAUCUACCUAAUUUUUAUUGAU